CCAAGCCUCUCAAUGCUGCAUUUACUGAAACAAGUGGCUUAGAAAUUUUCAGCGAUGUCGCUGUUCCCAGACCUCCCUCUCUGUGGUGGACUCGCUCUGUGAGGCAGUGCAGCAGUCAGACGGCUCUGAUGGCAGAGCAGGGCAGGUGCACUGAGCAAGAACAGCUACCAAUAUCACCUGUGGUGGAAAUCUAGUACGAAGGACAACAAAAAAAGGAAGAGGAGGAGCAGAGUCUUUGGAGAGCAGAGGUCUUGCCGUGUCUACAAACCCACCCCACCCUGCUCUCUCUCAUAUGCACACACAGACACACUCUUCCCUUGCCUCUCCCGUCUUCCCUCCCUGUUUGUCUCCCCCACUCUCCGAUGCUGGUGUGGUGAACAGCAGGACACUCGGUUGAGCUGCAUGGAGGCACAGGGAGGGGCAGGGAGCCCAGAUCCCAAUAAAGACAUCCAGAAGCUGCUGAAGCCCUCCAGCUCCGGUGACAUAUCCAAGGAGUUGUUCCACCACACAGUAGGGGACGAGGAGGAGGGCAGCCUGUCAGGGCACACUGCGAGUCUCCUGCACAUCGCUGAGAAAAGACAACCACUGAGUAGUGUGUCUUCUUUGGAGGUUCACUUUGACCUCCUUGAUCUGACUGAGCUGACGGACAUGUCCGACCAGGAGCUUGCUGAAGUUUUUGCUGACUCUGAUGAGGAGAACCACAACGAGUCCCCAGCAGGUUCCCACCAGCCUGUGCUUCCCAGAGGUGGGUACAUGCGCUCUCCCUCGUGGACACGCUGCAGCAGAGUUGAACACCCGCGGGAGAGAAAGCAUCAUAGCGACUCGGACACCGCAGAGCCCUUAAUGAAACUGGAGAGGCCGAAGCAGCCGUGACAUCUGACGUUAAACAGCCAGGACUGCAGAAGAAAAAAACCCAGAGCCAGACAGACUGACAGACAGACAGACAGACAGACAGACAGACAGACAGACAGACAGACAGACAGACAGACAGACAGACAGACAGACAGACAGACAGACAGACAGACAGACAGACACCGCCUGCAGAACAACAAAGCGGACCAAAUGGCCCCAUUUGCCAAUGCACACUCACAUAAGGUUAACAGAGUUCAGGUUAAGCUCUGGACAACAAGCUCUGUACUCCAACAUGUUAAGAUGUGCAAUACACACCCUCCCCCUCUCCCUCUCCUUCUCCCUCUCCCUCUCCCUCUCCCUCUCCCUCUCUCUCUCUCUCCACCCAAUAAUUGUGUUUUUCAUGCAAAGGGUUCUUAAUGCACUCUGGGCUGACAUACAAUUAUAAGCUUCUUUUUUUCUCUCGGAUGACAGACAGGGUAUGAGGUCAGCAGAAUAACAGCACCUCCAUUCUUACAGCCUCUUACAGCCUCUCAGGGUGUGAAAUAGCCUGGACAGUUUGAUUGAUUCCUAAAUUCUGUGCUAAGGGUGUUGCCAGACAUUUCAUGGUGAAUUUCAGACUUCACAUUGAAUUACCAGGAUAUGAUUCGAAACAGAAAUCAAUAGCUGUUCAAAAUGAAAUGUCUUGCUAAGGCUAUCACUUAAGAAGUGUGACAGGGUUUUUCUGUUGCCUGCAUAAAGGUAACUUGAUCAGUGGAAGACGUCAGUGAGGCCACGCUCUUUAUAUCCACCAUACCUUCUUCAUCUCAAUGAAGAAUGUGUGUUGAUAUUAUGAUUGCCUAAAUCCAAUGUUUGGCACUUCGCUCACUGUAUUGUAUUACAGUGACCCCCAGAAUUAUUGGCAUUCGGUAAAGAUGACAGAACAGAUUAACAAAGUAAGUAGCAAGUUAUAUGCUAAACAAUACUCAAACAAUGUUCUUAAGUAAAUCCCAUUUUUGUAUUAUUUAAAAAAGGAUGGUUAUCAGAGUUGCUGCAGCUGGAGUUAUUACAGUUGGUUCUUUAAUGUUUGUAGAUGCAUUAACUUGGUGGGUGAAAUAAAGGGAGAAUUGCAUCAGUGAACUUGAAUGCCAAAAACACAAUAAAGUGCCAACAAUUUUGUAAUCAUCUUUUGAAAGAUCUCUUUCCACACAUGAUGCAAUAUUUCACAUAUUUUAAAGAAAGGGUUAAAGCUGAUUACUUGAUGCAUUUAUCUGAUUAUUAGCUUGUCUAUACCAGGAGUGCCAAUAGUUCUGAAUACUGUGAUAAGAAUGAUCAAAAGUGACACUGGGAUGAUGGAAGAAUAAAUAAAAACCUUCAAAAAGAA